UAGGAAAAAAUUUUCUCCUGAGGGUGGGACACCUGCAAGGACCGGAGCCCUCAUCGUGUCUUCCCAUGACAAAUCUCGCUGAACUGCCCUUUAAACUGAUUUAUUGUUUUACUGCUUCCUAUAAAAGUGGCUCCCACAUGUGAGCAGCACUGACAGCCGAAGGGCAGGACGGCGGGCAGGGAGCCGCUCCCGGCUCAGCGCAGUCCCCGCGGAUCCCGGGAGCCAGGGCAGGGAGCCGCAGGAAUGGGCCGCUACUCGGGCCGCAGCAGCCGCCUCAUCCUCAUGUGCGUGCUGAGCCUCGCCAUUUUCGCCAUCGAGAUCUCGGUCGCCUACGUGGGCAACUCCCUCUCCUUGGCCUCGGACGCCUUUGCUGUCCUCUCCCACCUGAUCUCCAUGAUCAUCGGGCUGUUCGGCGUCCGCUUCAGCCGCAUCCGCUGGCACAAGGCCAGCACCUUCGGCUUCAGCCGCGCCGACGUGCUGGGCGCCUUCGGCAACUCUGUCUUCGCCACCGCGCUCAUGUUCAGCAUCUUUGUGGAGGCCGUCAAGAGGUUUAUCAACCCUCAGAAGACUGAGAAAGAGCUGCUCGUCCUCAUUAUUGGGGUUUCAGGUCUGGGCUUCAACCUGUUGAACUACUUUAUCUUCAUGGAGUGCUGCUAUUGUCACGCAUCCCCCCGAGACACCGAAACAGGUAAAUAACCUCAUGCUGCUGCUGCUCUGCCCCUUGGCACUUCUGCUUGGCUAUAGAGACUGUUUACUGCUUUGUUGACUGCUUCUCUGGAGUGGGCAAGGAAAAUGCAGUUUUCUUCACUCUUUUGUUAGCAAGGGUGAUGGAUUUAUGCCUGAACCUGUGCAUGUUUCCAGCUAUCGCCUCAGGUGUUUAUUAGUAAGUCACAGGCAAAAAGUUUAGAUGUUGUCUUUCCAAAAUGUACAGUGAUCUGGAAGGAACAUUUCCUCCCUAAUCCACUGGCUGGCCAAACACUGGACAAAGUGUGCUACCACCCUAAGGAGAUACUUGUUAUGAAAUACCUAAUCCUGAAAUACCAGUCAUCUCCAAUCUUGACCUCUCAAUAUUUUAGUUAUUCUGCUGUAAUUUUUACAUGGUUCUUUAGAGCAGUGUUCACUGUUUGCAGGAGACAAAAGAAUAGGUAAGUGCAAAAGGAGAGUCUCACCCUUUCUUGAUUUGGGAAUAUGUUGUGAAAAUAUUUGGAUGCUGACUGAAAAAACCUGUGACUACAGUGCCGAGGAUUCUUUACUGAGGUUUGUUAACCCGUGCUUGGGAGAGCAUGCAGAGGAGAAACAGGUAUACUCGGCCACAGAAACAUUUUGCAUGAGGUUCUCUUCAGUGCAUAGAGUCUUGGCCUUUCAGUUUAUUUUUCUUAGCAUACGAUUUUUAAAAUUCCUACAUUUGGGAGGAGAGACAGUGACUGAUUUUUUUAUUCCUGGAGAAAGUCUCUCAAUUUAUUUGAUGUAAGAUACAUGUGGGUUCUUUUUCUCUCUCUGAAUGUUUUUAUAUACACAUACAAAUGUAUUUCUUAAACCUAGAAAUGUUUCGGUUGAGAUAGGAGCCAGAUGUUUGCAAAGUAUUAAC